CAGUAAAAGGAGGUUUUUUCAUCACAUUGUUACGCUUUGCUCACUCUCUCUUGUUCCUUUCUUCUUUACAAAGUUGUCAUUGGUGUCUUCGGAUCGGCGGAACUUUACCGUGCCGGCGUGACUUGACGCUGUUCGUGGCGCCUUAUUACGAUAGCGGUGACGAAGAUGAAGGUUUUCGUGAAGACUCUCAAAGGCACUCACUUCGAAAUCGAAGUGCAGCCUCAGAACACGGUUUCUGAAGUGAAGAAAAGUAUUGAAACUAUUCAGGGUGCAGAUGUCUAUCCUGCUGCCCAGCAAAUGCUAAUUCACCAAGGGAAAGUUCUGAAGGAUGCUACUACCUUGGAGGAGAAUAACGUAGCUGAAAAUAGUUUCAUUGUAAUUAUGCUAUCAAAGAGUAAGAGCACUUCUGGUGAAGGAUCUACUACUUCAGCUGCACCAUCGACCAAGACACCACAGACCAGUGCACCUCCUACUUCAACAGCGCCAGUGUCAACAGCGCCUCAAGCUCCAGCUGCAACUGAGGCACCGCCGGCAACUGUUUCUGCACCUGUAUCUACACCUUCAGUUCCACCUCCUGUUUCUAUUUCUUCAGGAACUCCUGUCAGGGAGGGGUCUGAUAUCUAUGGGCAGGCGGCAUCCAAUCUCGUUGCUGGAAGCAAUUUGGAGGGAACUAUUCAGCAAAUUAUUGACAUGGGUGGAGGGAGCUGGGACAGGGAUACUGUUGUCCGUGCUCUUCGAGCUGCCUAUAACAACCCUGAGAGAGCUGUUGAAUAUUUGUAUUCAGGUAUCCCUGAACAAGCUGAAGCUCCACUUGUAGCCAGAGCGCCUGCAGGUGCUCAACCCGCAAAUCCUCCUGCCGCUGCUGCUCCACAAACAGCACAACCUGCUCCGGUUACCUCAACUGGGCCUAAUGCUAAUCCUUUAGACCUUUUUCCGCAGGGACUUCCCAAUGUGGGUUCUGGUGCUGCUGGUGCUGGCUCAUUGGAUUUUCUACGCAACAGUCAACAAUUCCAAGCCUUGCGGGCUAUGGUGCAGGCUAAUCCACAAAUAUUACAGCCUAUGCUACAGGAACUCGGCAAACAAAAUCCUCAUCUUAUGAGGUUGAUUCGAGAUCAUCAAGCUGAUUUCCUUCGCCUGAUAAAUGAACCUGUGGAAGGUGGCGAAGGGAAUAUAUUGGGGCAGCUGGCUGGUGGCAUGCCUCAAGCAGUGACUGUCACUCCUGAGGAGCGCCAAGCUAUUGAACGUCUUGAAGCAAUGGGUUUUGAUCGUGCGAUCGUAUUGGAGGUGUACUUCGCUUGUAACAAAAAUGAGGAAUUGGCUGCCAACUACCUUUUAGAUCACAUGCACGAGUUCGAUGAACAAUAGAUCUCGUUUCCAAUUUGCCAAAUUAUUUCUUUUCAACUUUUUCUCUCAAUGGGUCUUUGUUACACUCCAUGUUUAAUGAGUUCAUGUUUGAUAAUGACAAUCUCAAGUGGAUAAGUUUUAGCCUCUCCUUUAUUAUUGCCCUUGUAUUUAUCAUUUCCUCCCUGUCCCUCGAGAUUUUUAGUAUUCAUAUACAUAGUUGUUUGCCCCCAUCUUA